AUGCAAUCUCAAAACAUUCAGCAUAUCAAGGAGUGUUUUGUAAAACCACAGUAUGUCACGGAGGAGUCAAAGCAACCGUACUAUCUAAUGCCCUUCGAGUUAUCCAUGCUUUCUUGGCACUACAUCCAAAAAGGUCUUCUCUUCGAAACACCGCCACAGGUUAACCGAGCAAACUUCAUGAACGAUCUCUUGGAUAGACUCAAGUAUUCCCUUUCCCUCACUCUCGUUCAGUACUAUCCUCUUGCCGGCCGCCUAGUGACAGAGAAACAAGAAAAUGACUCUUCCUACCUGAUUUUCGUCGAUUGCAUCAACAGCCCCGGCGCUAAAUUCAUUCAUGCAAAAAUCGACAUGACAACAUCUGAUAUUCUUUCUACAAGGUAUAAUCCGCUGAUUGUUCGAUCAUUCUUCGAUCAUAAGACAUCCGUCAGCUUUGAUGGUCGCACAAAACCUCUAGUUUCUAUCCAAGUCACCGAAUUUAAGGAUGGUGUCUUCAUUGGCUGCUCAAUGAGCCACGCCAUCACUGAUGGAACCAUCUACUGGCGUUUCUGGAACACACUGUCCAAUAUAUUUCAAACGGAUGAAAGUAAAAAAAUUGAACGUCCUCCUGUAAACCUGAAAAGGUGGUUCUCAGAGGGACGCGGUCCUUUAGUUGACUUCCCAGUCACUUUUCAAGAUGAGUUCAUCACCAACGUCGAUGUGCCCGAAGGUCAUGUAACAAGAAAAUUCCACUUCUCGGCAGACUCGGUCGCGAAACUUAAAGCGAAAGCAAAUUCUGAAUGCAAUACCACAGUGAUAUCAUCAUUUCAAUCCUUAAUCGCGCAUUUAUGGAGAUCCAUAACGAAGGCAAGGCGCCUGCCUAGCGAUCGGAUAGUUUCAUGUAACCCAGCUGUAAAUGUCAGACCCAGAAUGAUUCCUCCUUUACCUGCAGAUUGUUUCGGAUGCAUGACUGGAGCAGCCACUGCUCGAACCACAGCUGGCGAACUCCUCGAAAAAAGUCUCGGAUGGGCGGCUUGGCAGCUACACCAAGCGAUUGUGAGCUACACGGAUACAUCGGUGCGGGAAUUUACGGAUGAAUGGCUUCGGACGCCAUCUAUCGUCGAUAUUACUAAAUUAUUCGCUCCUAAUGCGAUGAAUAUCGGUGGCUCGUCGAGGUUCGAUAUGUAUGGGAAUGAGUUCGGGAUGGGUAAAGCGCUGACGAUCCUCAGUGGAACUGCGCUCAAGUUUGACGGGUCCAUUGAGACGUUUCCUGGACGCGAGGGUGGAGGAUGUGUGGAUUUUGGGGUGUGCCUCGGAGCUUCUACGAUGGAAGCUCUGGAAUCUGACGAGGAGUUUAUGGCAUUCACUUCUUGA